GUAUUAUCAUGCGCCACGUGGCCCACCAUGUCCUCCUCCUCCCCGUCCAGUCCAGUCCGCCGGAACGGAGCUGAUGGGCCUCAAAGCCGCCGUCUUCCUCUCCGUCCCCGCCGCCGUCAGGCCGCUACCUACUACACUCCGCCGCCAUCACCUCUCCCCCUCCUCCUCCAGGAGCAGCAGGGCGGCCGCCACCCGGAUUUCAGCAGCGGUGAUGGCCACCGCGGUGCAGCCAGCGGUGGUGGUGGGCGGUGGCCGGGUGGGCCAGGCGUUGCUCUCCAUGGGCCCGCCCGCCGGCGGCGACCUCCUCCUCAGCCGCGGCGAGGCGCUCCCGCCCGCCGCGCCCGCGGGGCCCAUCCUCGUUUGCACCCGUAACGAUGACCUCGACGGCGUGCUCGACGCCACCCCCAAAUCACGGUGGCAAGAUCUCGUCUUCUUCCAGAACGGGAUGCUGGACCCGUGGCUGGAGAGCAAGGGCCUCGCCGGAGCAAACCAGGUGCUCGCCUACUUCGUCGUCUCCAAGCUCGGCGAGCCCCCCGUCGACGGCAUCACCGACACCAACCCCGAGGGGCUCACCGCCGCCUUCGGCAACUGGGCCCCCGCCGUCGCCGCCCGGCUGCAGAAGCAAAUGCUGGAGAAGCUCAUCUGGAUUUCAGCCUUGAUGCUCGUUGGAGCUCGGCAUCCGGGGGCCACGGUUGGCACGGUCGAGAAAGAAUACCGAGCUGAGGUAUCCAGCCUCAUAGCUGAACUAGCAUCUGCCACAGCUGCGGAGCGGGGCCUUUCUUUCGACGAAGGCAUGGAAGAGAGGCUCUGCGCCUACUACAGAGCCGUGGCACACUUCCCAACUGCUGUGAAAGAGUUCAAGUGGAGGAACGGUUGGUUCUACUCGCUCACUGAAAAGGCCCUCGCGGAAGGGAAGCCUGAUCCAUGCCCGCUCCACACAGCUUGGCUCAAGGAGAUCAAGGUCAUAUAGAUAGAAAGUUUUCAUUUCAUGCGCACGUGGCACGAUUCCUGUAUUGGGUUAAAAUCCUGGAGCAAUUUUUGAAGUUUUUAAAGUUGAUGUUAUGUAUAGUCCAUAGAGUAUGUCUAUUGAAAAUAACCUUAUGUAUGUGAAAGGCAAGUGUUGUGUAAUUUACUAUAUUAUUGGCAGCAAGCUUUUAUGCGGUGGAGAAAACAACUGACAGUGUUGCUUCAUGGAUUGGAGACAGACUAUAUGUCUUGAGUUUCUGUAAACUGAAGAUUCUGCAAGCAUGAUGGCAGUGAGUCCUGUAUGUCUAUGACAUGUUUUUUGGCACUACUGAACUGUAGCAGCUAUUAGCAUUUAGCGCAUUCUGGAAUAUGUCGUCCUAAUGUGUCUGCUGUUGCUGUUUAGAGAAGAACAGAGCUGACAGUACAUCUAGAGUGUUUGUGACAGUUCAAAUGAGCAUGGUGUGCUGCAUGCUAAAUAACAGAGUGAUUGACAGGAGGAGCAGGGUGUGCCAUUUAGUAGAUGAGGACGGCAUCAGGGCGAGGGAUAUACUGUCAAGCACUUGUUGGCCUGCAGAUCUUCUAAGCCUGGAGUUAAAUUGACAAGUGCUCCUGUAUUUGAGUUUGUUCAAAACCCAUUGUUCACUUUGUAUGUUUUAUCAUGUUGAUUCUAUCUUUCAUCAGACUCAGGGGAGGAAGACAAGGAACACAAAGCAGAGGUAGGAGAUCAGAUCAUCCUCACUGCAUAAUUUGGUAUUCUUUUUGCCACUGCA